UAGGCCCAGUGCGAGACCAAAGCACGAGCGACUCCCGUCGUCCCCGGCCAGGCAGAUGUUGGCCUAAUCCUGGCGCGAACGAAGCGCGCUAUUUCCCUGCUUCCUCUAGGCUAAGCCUGCUUUACGGCAGGGCCCGCCUCGGGAGCGAGCACAGACCGGGCCAGCGAGGCCAGCUGGGCGCCGGCGAGGUCCCCGAACGCGCACGCGCUCUCUUCAGCUCCGGGUGGCGGCCGCCGGAGUUGACGUUAGCCAUGGAAACCGAGAGCUGGCCCGGGCAGGGCUGCGGUGAGCUCGUUGUUCGGCCGCCGCAGUUUUCCUGCCUCCGCAUUCGGGUAAUAACCAACCUCCCGGCGGGAGCGCCCAGCCCGGGUUUACCUGCAAAAAUGCAGUCCCCGGGAUGCCUUCGCGUCUUCUCUUCCCUCGGGUGACUUGAGGCUGGAGUGCAAUCGCACGAUCUCAGUUCACUGGAACCUCCGCCUCCCAGGUUCAAGCGAUUCUCCUGCCUCAGCCUCCCGAGUAGCUGGGAUUACAGGCACCCACCACCAUACCCAGCUAAUUUUUGUAUUUUUAGUGGAGAUGGGGUUUCGCCAUGUUGGCCAGGCUGGUCUCGAACUCCUGACCUCAGGUGAUCUGCCCACCUCGGCCUCCCAAAAUGCUGGGAUUACAGGCGUGAGCCACUGCGCCCGGCCCCAGAAAUUGUCUUUCUCCUCAACUUGGAUUUCCAGUAGUUCAGGUAUUCAAGUACAAUUAUGCUGUAAGUUUUGGGAUUUAGUUGUCUCUUUUGAAUGUUAUCUUUGGAACCCCAGAAGUAAUGUGACCUUAUUGGUCUCUGGACACAGUGUUUGAUUAGCAUUAUUUUUAAAACAUUUGUAAUAUAUUGAUAAUGUUUAUACUCUGUGCUUUAAAAUUAAAUUAUUUGAUCGCUUCUUGGCCUUUUGGCUAAGAUCAAGUGUAAAAUUAAAUUAUUUGAAGCAGUUUGAUGAUGAUACAUUUAACUGUUAAGUGCUGUGCCAAGUUUGAGUUUCUCCACUUAAGGUAGAAGUAGUCACUACUUUAUGAGGAGAUUGUAAUGUGCAAGUUUGUGUUCUCAACUUCAUACCACUGCUUGUACAAAAUGGAACAGUGUUGUAAAUGCUAGUUAAGUUCUUAGGUUAAGCUGCAGAGAUACAGUCAUAAACUGAGUUGCUCAUUUCUGAUAUUAACCAUUCUAAUGUUAAAUUCUGGGUCCUGGGAGCGGGACAGUACAAGACAAAGAGGAAGAAAAGAGCUUUUCCUCUUUCUUAGCUGCUAAUGUAUGAAUGUGAGUAAGGCUUUGACUUUCCAAAGUCACUUGAAAUUUUAAAUUAUAAAAUUUUAAAACUCUGAAGAAUCAUUGGUAGAAUUUCAGCCAAUGUAGUAGUUUAGACAUUUAGGGGAGAAAUGUUUUUGCUCUGGCCUCAGUUGUUCAGUUUUACAAAUUCCUGUAUUCAAUUUUCUUACUACUCAAUGAUGGCUUUUAAUUACUUCCUCCUCCUUUGCAUAUUUGAAUUAACAUAUUCUCUAAAUGCUAAGCUUGUACACAAUUGUGUAGGGGUAGUUGCUGAUGUAGAAGGACACUUGUCACAAUUUGUGUGUAUUGAUCAUUUGUAAGUUGGGACUAAGACUUUUCUGUGGUGUGUGUGUGUGGUUUUUUUUUUUUUUUUGGAAGGGAGUGUGUUGUUAUUCUGUGUUGCUUUGCUUUUCUUUAAAACAUCCUCUUCUAUAUAUUUUUUGUGAUUUAAAUGUUCUUUUUUUAUAGGUUUAUGGUAAAUAUGCCAGCUCUAGAACAAAUGAAUCAGAUUUUACACAUCUUGUUUGUAUUUUUACCCUUUCUGUGGGCACUUGGGACUCUGCCCCCACCCGAUGCACUUUUCUUAUGGGCAAUGGAGCAGGUUUUAGAGUUCGGCCUUGGAGGCUCAUCUAUGUCAACCCACUUACGGUUAUUAGUAAUGUUCAUCAUGUCUGCUGGAACAGCUAUAACAUCAUAUUUCAUUCCAAGCACUGUUGGUGUGGUUCUUUUCAUGACUGGAUUUGGUUUCUUGCUGAGUCUGAACUUAAGUGAUAUGGGUCACAAAAUUGGAACCAAAUCUAAGGAUUUACCCAGUGGUCCAGAAAAACAUUUUUCAUGGAAGGAGUGCCUUUUCUACAUCAUUAUAUUAGUCUUGGCUCUUUUAGAAACUAGUUUGCUUCAUCACUUUGCUGGCUUCUCACAGAUUUCUAAAAGCAGUUCCCAGGCUAUUGUGGGCUAUGGUUUGAUGAUAUUACUUAUAAUACUCUGGAUACUUAGAGAAAUUCAAAGCGUAUAUAUCAUUGGAAUUUUCCGAAAUCCCUUUUAUCCGAAGGAUGUGCAAACUGUGACUGUAUUCUUUGAGAAGCAAACUAGGCUCAUGAAGAUUGGUAUUGUCAGACGGAUUUUGCUAACUUUAGUAUCACCUUUUGCCAUGAUAGCAUUUCUUUCAUUGGACAGUUCCUUACAAGGGCUCCACUCAGUGUCUGUCUGUAUUGGAUUCACAAGAGCCUUUAGAAUGGUAUGGCAGAAUACAGAAAAUGCUUUAUUGGAGACAGUCAUCGUAUCAACAGUACACUUGAUCUCCAGUACAGACAUAUGGUGGAACAGAAGCCUGGAUACAGGAAUCAGACUCUUACUGGUUGGUAUCAUACGUGAUCGUUUGAUUCAGUUCGUCUCUAAAUUGCAGUUUGCCGUGACUGUGCUUUUGACAUCAUGGACGGAGAAAAAACAACGUCGAAAAACAACUGCCACUUUAUGUAUACUCAACAUUGUCUUUUCUCCAUUUGUGUUGGUCAUCAUAGUUUUUUCUACACUACUCUCUUCUCCCUUACUCCCCCUUUUCACCCUUCCUGUGUUCUUGGUGGGGUUUCCCCGACCUAUUCAGAGUUGGCCAGGAGCAGCGGGCACCACAGCCUGUGUGUGUGCAGAUACAGUGUACUACUACCAAAUGGUGCCCAGGUUGACUGCUGUACUACAGACUGCAAUGGCAGCUGGAAGUUUAGGUCUCCUCCUACCUGGAUCUCAUUACUUGGGCCGUUUUCAGGAUCGUUUAAUAUGGAUAAUGAUUCUGGAAUGUGGCUAUACUUACUGCUGUAUUAACAUUAAGGGGUUAGAAUUGCAGGAAACAUCCUGUCAUACUGCAGAAGCUCGCAGAGUUGAUGAAGUUUUUGCAGAUGCUUUUGAGCAAGAAUACACAAGAGUAUGUUCCCUUAAUGAACACUUUGGAAAUGUCUUGACACCCUGUACUGUUUUGCCUGUGAAAUUAUAUUCUGAUGCCAGGAAUGUUCUAUCAGGCAUAAUUGAUUCUCAUGAAAACUUAAAAGAAUUUAAAGGUGACCUCAUUAAAGUACUUGUGUGGAUACUUGUUCAAUAUUGCUCCAAAAGGCCUGGCAUGAAAGAGAAUGUUCACAACACUGAAAAUAAAGGGAAAACACCUCCAAUCUUGCCUGCUUUGAACACUUCGCCACCUCCCAAAUCCCCAGAAGACAUAGAUAGUUUAAAUUCAGAAACUUUUAGUGACUGGUCUGAUGAUAAUAUUUUUGAUGAUGAGCCAACUAUCAAAAAAGUAAUAGAAGAAAAACAUCAAUUGAAAGAUUUGCCAGGUACAAAUUUGUUUAUUCCAGGAUCAGUAGAAUCACAGAGGGUUGGCGAUCAUUCUACAGGCACUGUUCCUGAAAACGAUCUUUACAAAGCAGUUCUAUUAGGAUACCCUGCUGUUGACAAAGGAAAGCAAGAGAACAUGCCAUAUAUUCCUCUCAUGGAGUUCAGUUGUUCACAUUCUCACUUAGUAUGCUUACCUGCAGAGUGGAGGACUAGCUGUAUGCCCAGUUCCAAAAUGAAGGAGAUGAGCUCGUUAUUUCCAGAAGACUGGUACCAAUUUGUUUUAAGGCAGUUGGAAUGUUUUCAUUCAGAAGAGAAGGCCUCAAAUGUACUGGAAGAAAUUGCCAAGGACAAAGUUUUAAAAGACUUUUAUGUUCAUACAGUAAUGACGUGUUAUUUUAGUUUAUUUGGAAUAGACAAUAUGGCUCCUAGUCCUGGUCAUAUCUUGAGAGUUUACAGUGGUGUUUUGCCUUGGUCUGUUGCUUUGGACUGGCUCACAGAAAAGCCAGAACUGUUUCAACUAGCACUGAAAGCAUUCAGGUAUACUCUGAAACUAAUGAUUGAUAAAGCAAGUUUAGGUCCAAUAGAAGACUUUAGAGAACUGAUUAAGUACCUUGAAGAAUAUGAACGUGACUGGUACAUUGGUUUGGUAUCUGAUGAAAAGUGGAAGGAAGCAAUUUUACAAGAAAAGCCAUACUUGUUUUCUCUGGGGUAUGAUUCUAAUAUGGGAAUUUACACUGGGAGAGUACUUAGCCUUCAAGAAUUAUUGAUCCAAGUGGGAAAGUUAAAUCCCGAAGCUGUUAGAGGUCAGUGGGCCAAUCUUUCAUGGGAAUUACUUUAUGCCACAAACGAUGAUGAAGAACGUUAUAGUAUACAAGCUCAUCCACUACUUUUAAGAAAUCUUACGGUACAAGCCGCAGAACCUCCCCUGGGAUAUCCGAUUUAUUCUUCAAAACCUCUCCAUAUACAUUUGUAUUAGAGCUCAUUUUGACUGUAGUGUCAUCAAAUGCAAUGUUUUUAUUUUUUCAUCCUAAAAAAGUAACUGUGAUUCUUGUAACUUGAGGACUUCUCCCCACCCCCAUUCAGAUGCCUGAGAACAGCUAAGGUCCAUAAAGUUGGUUCUCUUAGCCAUCUUAAUGGUUCUAAAAAACAGCAAAAACAUCUUUAUGUCUAACAUAAAAGUUAGAACUAUUUGGCCAAUGUUUGUGCCUUCUGGACUUUAGUAGGCUUUGGUAAAUAUGAGAAAACAUUUGUAUAAUUAUUAUAUAAUGAAUUUUGUAAUGCUUUCUUAAAUGUGUUAUAGGUGAAUUGCCAUACAAAGUUAACAGCUAUGUAAUUUUUACAUACUUAAAAGAUAUACAUAUCAGUGUUCUAAGUAGUGAUAAUGGAUCCUGUUGAAGGUUAACAUAAUGUGUAUAUAUUUGAAAUAUAAUUUAUAGUAUUUUCAAAUGUACUGAUUUAACAUCUAAUAUUAUCUGAAUGUUUGUGUAUCAAGUAACUUGUUUUCAUAGACUUCAAUUCACAAACUUUAAAAAACUUUUAAUAAAAUAUUUUCCUUCCUUUUCAAAUAUCCUUUUAAUAUAUGUGAAAGGAGCAGCAUUCAUCCCAUUCAUCAUGUGAAUAUUCACAGGAAGAGCAAUGUUAGGGUAAUCUGCAUAUGACUACAAAGCAUAUAUCUGACUCAUUAUAUAUUUCUUUCAGCUGAAUUUACUGCUUCUGAAAAAUGAUUUACCCAACAGGACUACCAGUUACUAGUGUCUUAAAGGUAUAUGAACUAAAGUCAGAAGGAGAUGGAAGAAAAUUUUUAUAAUAUGAUCUGAAUUUUAUUUUCAUUCUCUUCUUGCUUAGGAACGUUUUACAGAUACAUGUAAGGGGGAUUAACAAUGAAUCCACAUCAGUUGAGAGAUCAGUUUCCUCUACUUCUUACUUAAUUUCCAGUGAAAUCAGUAGGAGCCCCCUAGAUUUAUACUAAUGUAUUCCCUUUAGAAAUCAUUCAAAUUAUGUGAAAUGUACCAGUUAAGUUGUUAUUAAUAUUCCAUUUAUUUAGUAUGUGGACCAGUUCACUCUAACAAUAUUAAAGGAUAAACUUUUUGGACCAA